AAUGUCCCACAAAGCUUUUAUGCUCAUCUGGAAGGGGGCUGAAUCGUGUGCUCGCUUGCCUACAAAACAUGCUGGCAUGGCUGUCAAUAACUGGGUCCAGCUGAGGGGUUUUUUAUGGAGACUAAGCGUGUUUCUAGGCGGUCGACACCUCGUAGUAUUUGGAAGGUUAUUGAGAGAGACAGAAUGAGGAAGCUUCUGUCUUACAUCCUCUGGGCUCUGCUGUGGGGCUGCUGCUGCUGGACAUCACAGGCAGAGAUCUUCACUUCCAUAAGCCACAUGACAGACCUGAUCCACACUGAAAAAGAGUUGGUCCACUCUCUGAGGGAGUACAUAAAAGCAGAAGAGUCCAAGCUUGCUGCUGUCAAAAGCUGGGCCAACAAACUUGAUGAUCUGACCAGAGUGUCCACCUCUGACCCAGAGGGCUACCUGGGCCACCCGGUGAACGCAUACAAGCUGAUGAAGAGACUCAACACGGAGUGGUCUGAACUGGAGAGCCUGGUGCUUCAGAACCCCUCUGAUGGGUUCGUAGCUAACAUAUCCACACACAGACAGUACUUCCCAGACGAAGAGGAUGAGACUGGUGCAGCCAAGGCAUUGAUGCGUCUUCAGGACACAUACCAAUUGGAUUCUGAGGCUUUCUCCAGAGGAAAGCUGCCAGGCGUUUACUCCAGUGCCAUACUGACCGUGGACGACUGCUUCGACAUGGGAAAGACGGCUUACAACGAUGCAGACUAUUACCAUGCUGUACUGUGGAUGCAGCAGUCCUUGAAGCAGCUGGAUGCCGGGGAGGAAGCUGUGGUUUCCAAGGCGGACAUUUUGGACUACCUCAGCUACUCUGUUUACCAAAUGGGAGACCUGCCUCGAGCCAUUGAACUGACACGCCGGCUUGUGGUUAUCGACCCCGGCCACCAGAGGGCAGGAGGAAAUCUCCGUUAUUUUGAGAAGUUACUGGUCAAGCAGCUCAAUGAGAUGAACCAGGCUUAUGAGCCUGCUUCUGAGGAGCCCAUCCAGCUGGGAACCUACAGCAGACCGAAAGACCAUCUCCCGGAGAGAGAGGAAUACGAGGCGCUCUGCAGAGGAGAGGGGCUUCAAAUGAACGAAGCAAGGCGAAGCCGUUUGUCCUGUCGCUACCAGGAUGGUAAGAUGAACCCUCGUCUCUUGCUGAAGCCCAUUAGAGAGGAGGAUGAGUGGGAUAGCCCCCGCAUUGUUCGUUACCUCGACUUCCUGUCAAAUGAGGAGAUUGAGAAGAUUAAGGAGCUGGCUAAACCCAGGCUUGCCAGAGCUACUGUCCGUGACCCUAAAACCGGUGUCCUGACCACAGCUAACUACCGAGUGUCCAAAAGUGCAUGGUUGGAAGGAGAGGAGGACCCUGUCAUUGAAAGAGUCAAUCAGAGAAUAGAAGACCUCACAGGCCUCACAGUAGAUACUGCAGAGCUACUACAGGUUGCAAACUAUGGAGUUGGAGGACAGUACGAGCCACAUUAUGACUUCUCGAGGCGCCCUUUUGACAGCAACCUCAAGGCCGAUGGAAAUAGACUUGCUACAUUCCUAAACUACAAAGAUGAGCCUGAUGCUUUCAAAAGAUUAGGCACUGGAAAUCGUGUGGCAACUUUUUUGAACUACAUGAGUGACGUGGAGGCAGGAGGUGCCACCGUCUUCCCUGACUUUGGAGCAGCAAUCUGGCCUAGAAAGGGGACAGCAGUGUUUUGGUACAAUCUGUUUAAGAGUGGGGAAGGAGACUAUAGGACCAGGCAUGCAGCUUGUCCCGUCUUAGUAGGAAAUAAGUGGGUGUCAAACAAGUGGAUUCACGAGCGAGGUCAAGAGUUCAGGAGACCCUGUGGCCUGACAGAAGUGGACUGAAGUUUGACAUCCAACAAGAACAUGCAAACGCACACACAUACAUACACACACACACACACACACACACACACACACACCCUUGGUAGUGCCUUAAUACUGGCAAAGUUGUAACUCAGACUUCCUCACACAAUUAAUUCUACAUGUGAGCCCUCUGCCAAAACCUUUCUUCCACUGAUACCAAAAAUUAAAACUUUCAGGUGAAAGUCACUGUUGUCACCAUUUGUUACUGCUCCUUUACACAUUUACAUAGCAACUGUUAACUUUUCAAAGUAAAUUAUUAGCAUUAAUGAUACAGAGAAGCUUAUUAUUCAUAUCACUAAUAUCCGAUGUUUAAAAAAAACACCAAAAUGUGCAGGAGGUGUGAUGGAAACCUCACCAAAUGGUGUCUGAGCAGGUUAUUCAGAUUUAUUUAUCAAUUCAAGAUCCACAUUUGAGAAAGAGAAAGAAAAAGACUGAUUAACAUAAAUUUUUGAUAAAUAAUGAAAAAUAAUUUUGUUGAUGGACUCAAACUCGUGGAUCCAAAUGUAGACUUUGCAUCACAUUCAGAUAUUACAGAUUAGAUCAGAGUUGACUAUGACCUCUGAUACAUGAUGCUGCAGCGCACAUUUUAAUACUAUUAGAAUUUUCAUAAAUAUUUGGCUGCCAAGUAUCAGAAAUGUCAGUUUACAAAAUGUUGGUCAUGGUCAUUAUGGGCUGGUUUUGGCUUUAUUUAGAGGAUAAUUUGGGAAGAAUUCAGAGGAAAACCUUUUGUUCAAUAAAAAAUGGUUUUUAGUUACAAAUCUUUCAGACACAAAUUGACUUUACUGUAUCUUCAUUGCUAACAGCUUUACUUUGUGAUAAAAAGUUUUAUUCUCCUUUAAACCUGACAGAAACAUGCAAAACACUCCUCCAAACCACGUCCUUGUUUUUUUCCCUUUUAUUUAUAGUGUUUAAAUUAUUACACUGUUGUUUCAUUGUGUGCUCUUUCUGCAAGAUUGCAACCAACAAAAAGUCAAUAAACAGUGUCUUUUAUUAAAA